CUUCUUCUUCAUCUUGAACUGUAACACAAUACAGAGAGUGAGAGAGACAAAUAGCAAACCAAAGUUUCAAUUUUCGAUCUAACCAUCUUUUACACUCCCAACCCAUUUCUGAAACCGCAGUUCUAGUAAUAAUUUUUUAUUUUGUUUUGUGGUUCUCAGUUUUCUCAACCAUGAAGAGGCUCCAAGGUUUCAAGAUCGGUCACAGAUUCGUCAAGAUCUAUAAAUGGAUCAUCCGAAGUAGAAGAAUCCAAACCGAGAAACGCCAAUGCCUAACCGGAAUUCUCAAGCCGGUUUCAAGAAUCUGCUCUUUAGCAAAGUGUCUACGUCGUGGAGCAAGUAGACUUUGGGGAGGAAAGAAAACGGUUCAACCCCGGUUGGGUAACGACCCGAACUCGCUGGCUGUUCCCAAAGGUCAUUUAGUGGUUCACGUAGGAGAAUCAGGCGAUGAUACACGGCGCGUGGUGGUUCCGGUGGUUUACUUUAACCAUCCUCUGUUCGGAGAGUUGCUGGAGCAGGCCGAGCGGGUUUACGGGUUUGACCAACCGGGUCGGAUUACGAUACCUUGUAAGGUAUCGGAUUUUGAGCAGGUUCAGAUGAAGAUCGCUGCUUGGAAUCAUUGGCGACGGAAGUGGAGUUUCAAGAUUCUCUAGGCGUUGACUUACUGAAAAUUAAAUAAUUUUAGCCUUUUUUUUUACUUCCCGAGAAUAAAGUCAAAUGUCAAUCAUCAGAGAGAUGGGAACUUUCCCUUCAGUUUGCGUCUAUCAAUGUAUAUUUUCGUCCCAAUAUUCCAGCGUGACGAGUGACCAAGCAACCUUCCUAGUUCCUACAAUGCUGGACAGAUAUAGUUUUGGAUUUAUGUACUUGCUGUCUUAUUUAUUCUUACACAAAAGUGAUUUGUUUUGGCAUCAUCACGUAUCAAAUACAUCUUACCAACACGAG